AUGAAUCUCGGUGCUGUUGCAGGAAUGUAUCGAUUGACCAAUGACACAAUCUAUUCAGACUGGGUCAUUGAUACGGUCAUAAAGUUGUCAAGUCUUUCUGACUGGGACCCAUCCAACUUCUUGAAUACGGCGGAUAUAACUAUGACAGUCUCGUUGGGUUACGACUGGGUGUAUGAUGAGUUGACGGGUGCACAGAGGAGCGCGAUCGAAUCGGCAAUUCUCAGCAAGUCUUUUCUUCCGGCUCUCAACUCCUCAAUUAAUUCCUGGUCUGAGCAUACGAACAACUGGGCACAGGUUACCCACGGGUGCCUGAUUAUAGGAUCCCUUGCAAUUGGGGACAUAAACUCCACGCUAUCGAACGAGAUCAUUGAGUUUUCUCUGCCCAAACUCAAUGUAUCGUUGCAACAGUAUGCACCAGACGGUGGUUGGAUGGAAGGUUACUCUUACGGAACGUACGCAGGCAUCUUCCUGGGGCUUAUGAUGGGGUCACUAGACAGUGCGCUAGGUAACGACCUUGGUAUCUCAAACCUUCCAGGAAUGAGCAAUCUUGGUGCGUGGCUAACGCAUGGAUUUGGCCAAACCGGCGGAUUCAGUUGGGCCGACGGGUCUUGGACAUUCUCAAAUGCCAACAGCCUAUGGAGUAUUGGAUACUGGGCAACACGGUUCAACAGAGCCGAAUGGCUACAGGGAAUGCUUUCCAGGUUUACCGCCUCACAAGCGGCUACCUUUCAAGCCUUUCUGUUUUACAAUUCCUCUCUGAAAACCACCAAUAUUCUACCUACUAUGCCAAGAUACGAUCAAUUUGAAAACGUUGCUGGAUUGACAUACCGCUCCUCAUGGACCGAUUCAACUGGCUGGUUCUUCGGAUUGAUGGGUGGCUUCAAUGGACGUUCUCACGGCCAUCUGGACGCGGGAUCAUUUGUUAUAGAUUAUAAGGGGUACCGAUGGGCGGAGCUCCUAGGCUCAGAUAGUUACAGUCUUGCCGAUUAUUUUGUUGCACCGCGUCGUUGGACAUAUUAUCGCUGUCGCACCGAGGGUGCGAAUACCUUAAGUAUCUCGAAUCAAAGUCAGGUGGCACUCAGCUUCGCCAACCAAAUCCCAUCAGCCAAUAACUCUUUAUUAUGGGCUGGAAGCUUUGACUCGUCCAGCCGCUUUGGUGUUGUCAACCUCACAGAUGCAUAUGAAAAUGUUACGACUAGCGUUCUACGCGGAGUAAUCGUCCUAAACGAUUCUCAACUUCUGAUCCAGGAUGAAAUCAGUGCACCCGCUCCAGUAGAUAUUGCUGCUAGCUGGCACACAAUUUCAACUGUCAGCUUAGAUUCCGAUAACCGCACUGCCACUCUGACGCAGGGGAAUAUAGCUAUGGACUUGAGUCUAUUGUCGCCAUCCAAUGCCUAUCUUGAACUUACCGAUACCAAUCCGUGUGAUGCGUAUAGUGGGUGUUCCGAGCUUACCAACUCGGGAAUCUAUAAUAUUGCUGUCCGCUUGUCAAAUUUGACCACCGAGGCGACCAUACAACUGGCCCUGACGCAAAGUGGCACUACAGUCAAUAAUUUUGCCGUUACUUUAGCCGAUUGGUAUUCUUUAUGUAGUGUGGACUGCUGGAAAGGAAGCAAUGUCGAGGAUCCGUACUGGCUUGACAACUCGGAAGUAUAUUACUAA